AAUUCAUAUACUUAUUAAGAAAGAUACGAUGCUGUUGGGUUGUAUACUAUCUAGAUUAGUUGUAAAAUCUCAAGUGGAUGGCUCAUGGAAUUCAUUCAAAAACAGGCGACACGAUUGAGUUUGUCAGUACAAACACUCAAUUUUAACAAGCAACAGGUCUUAACGUGGAACCUCGCAUCAACAUAAAGAUGGAAACUCUUGUAGGAAAAUGGACAGUGGAUUCAUUCAAGAACAUCAAGGAACUAAUGCAAGCUAUGGGCCUGCCUGCUGACUUUCAAAACCAGGCUGAGAGUGACACAUCUGAAUCUACGGGCGAGAUCCGAAAAGAAGGUGAUUAUUGGUGUAUCGUAAGCGGAACCUCAAAGGGCGCUAAAGAGAUUCUGUUCCAAUUAAACAAAGAAUUUGACUACAAGACCACAGAUGGUCGUGAUACUAAGGUCACUGUGUAUGAAGAGGGGUCUAAAGUGAUCGAAGCUCAGAUGAACCCAGUAUUUAAUACAAGGGUGACCCGGGAGAUAGUCGAUGGUAAAAUGGUCAUGGAAAUAACAGAGGGCAAAACAAGUGUAACAGGCACAGUAGUUUUCAAGAAAAUGUAACAUCCACAGUGGCUCAUUAUCAUUUGAGAUUAUUUAUUUUCUUGUGUACUUAGUAUACAAUUUGAAGACGAACAUUAGAUGGGAUAAUUGUUACUAUGGUAACAAGCACCUAGAACAAUCGAAAUUGAUUUUCAAGGUCUUAUCAUUGGCCCAAAUUCCUAAACAACAAUUUUGAAUGAUGGUCAAUUAAAUCGUUGAAGUAUAUCGAUUUGCAAAUAGGAUGUUUGUAGCAGUCAUCUCGAUAGUAUGGUAAUAGAAAUGUAUGAUUUAUAUGUGAGAUCAUUAGUGAAUAUGAAAUAUAAACAUAUACAUUAAGUCUA